GAUUUGUUUGGUCUGGUAUUCUGGUUAAUAGUUCAGGUAUUCAUGUUAAUUUAUGAGGUUUACAGGAAUACUCAUUUGUUUGGUCUGGAAUUCAGGUUAAUUUAAGAGGUGUUCAGCUUAAGUAGUCAGGUAUACUGAUCUGUUUGAUAGUUUUCAGGUGAGAGAUCAGAGGUAUUCAUAUUAGUUAGUCAAGUGUUAAGAUAAUUUUGCCGGGUGUACAGAUUAUGUUGAUUAGGUAUUUUAAUGUUAAACUACAUCUGAAUCGAAGUAUUUGAAUGAGCUAUAUCUGAACGUUGUCAGGGCGAGGGGGGAGAUGAGUCUCCAAUAUUAGGGCUAAAUUUGUUAGCAGAAGAGGUUGAAAAGGGGAUACGGAGUGACAAUGUCUAUAAAGAUCCACAGGAGAACACUUGUAGGAUGCUUACCGUUUGGUCUCAUCCUGAAUCUUACGUCCUUCCGCCGGAGGAACAAGGUGGUAAAGCGUCACCGACAAAUUCUGAAGAUUACAAGACACCGCCAGAGGAUGAUCCGAUGACGGAAUGUCGCACACCAGACGUUGGGAAUUCGAAGCUGAGUCGAUAUCUGACUAGGUCAUUAAAAAAAGCAGAGCUAGAAGGGAAAUGUAUUCCAAUAAGCUUAACCAAAAAAGAUGACCUCCAGACGAAGCGUAUUCCGAGACGUUCAACAAAUAUUGGAGGAGUGUACACCCCAGACAAGAGAUUGAAGAAGCUUUUCCAAAGCUGCAAGAAACCCAAAUAUACGCCCUUAGCAGACUUGGAGAAAGCACAGUUUCAAGAGUUUCAGUCAAUUCUCAGCGAGAAACCGGCACAGUAAGUUGUUUGGAUAUACUGUAUAAAUUUCUUGGACUGUCAAAUGUUUAAUAUUGACUUUUGGUUUGUUCUCAAAUUUCAGGGAAUUCGAAAUUGUUAUUGGGAUCCAUGUCUCAAAUAAGUUCUUCCUGUCGUUGGCGCGGCCAACAAAUUGGGUCAGUACCGAGCACAUUUCUGUGCUAAUUAGUAUGCUAGUAAGGCGACAUGGACGCAAUUAUCUGAGUCGGAGGUGCAGAUUUGUAGACUACUUCAGUAUUGCGGGCAUCAUAUCAAAGUUCGCAGAGUUCGAGAAGGCCUCAGAUAAAUUGGGAUUCAACUGGGGAGGGCUUGUCAGUUUCAGUUUCACCGGAAAAACGCCGCGUCGGAAUGACAAGCAGGUGUUGUUGGUUGAUGUGGACAGGGUGUACGCCCCAAUGAUGUGGGGAAAAGAUCAUUGGGUUGGUCUUGUGAUCAACUUGACAUGCAGACAAGUGGAGAUUUUGGACUGCAACAUUCCCCUUAAUGAGUCCGAUAAUGAGGUGAACAAGCACAUGGCUUAUCUUCUACGCGCAUUGCCUCAUGUCUUAGCUGCGUUUUCGCCUCCUUCCGAUAGUAGUCAUCCUGAAGAAGACCAAGCAUUUUCAUGGGUGCGUCCAGACAAUAUUUACUUCAACGAAAGGUCUGGCGACUGUGGACCAUGCGCGGUCAAAUUUCUGGAAAUGCAUGCAGCGGGAUACUCCUAUGAGGAUAUGGGGCAGAUCGAUGACAAAAAGGUGGACAUAUUCCGUCAGAAAUACGCGAUGGAUACCUAUGAAGAAUUUAUUGGAAACGCAAAAGUUCAAAACGAUGGUUGAAGACGUGUAUACUGCCUGCUUCAUUUCGUUUGUUAAACCGAAUUGUUAACGGUUAUUGUAUAUUUUCAUUCAUCCAGACACUAUAAUUCAAACAGAUCAGUUUAUCUUUGAAGGUUUUAUAUCGUAUUUCUUAUAUAUUUAGGGUUUAGAGUUUAGGGUUUAGGGUUUA